AUGCUUAAGUCAUGGCUGCUCAUUUGCUGCCACGGCUUUUUGACUGCCCUUGCCCAAGGCAGCUUGGAAGCCACAGCUACAGAUUAUUCUUUCUCAACAAGCUUAUUAACAACAAAAACGGCGGCGACGGGCCGUGCAACUACACCAGCGAGCAGUACUUUCCUAGACACUUCCGCAUCAGAAACACUACUUCGUGGUACUUAUGAUGGGAAAGAUGAGACGACAACAUCCUCUACAAGGUCAAAUGGGACUUUGACGUUGGCGACCUCAACUUCGGCACUAGGAACAUUAACAACAACUACACUUCCCACAAAUACCCAACCUUGCAAUCUUUAUGUCGAAUUUUGUACCCGCCUGUACAGUAACGUCACUUAUAUCGGAACCCACAACUCCCCAUUUGUACGCCAAAGUAAUGCGGCUGCCAAUCAGGAGUUGGACGUGGAGACACAACUCAACGACGGAAUUCGAAUGCUCCAGGGACAAACCCAUAUGGUCAACAAUACCCUAUAUUAUUGCCAUACGAGCUGUGAUAUCCUUAACGCUGGAACGGUUGAAGACUACCUCACUAAGGUUGCAAAAUGGAUCAAACGAAAUCCCUUUGAAGUUGUCACAAUUCUUAUAGGCAAUGGAGACUUCGUCGACAUUGGCAAUUAUACUGAUCCUCUGGUCAAUUCUGGGCUGGCAGAUAUUGCAUACGUGCCACCAAAACGAAACAUUAGGUACAAUCAGUGGCCAACUCUCUCAGAGUUGAUUUUGACAGGUAAACGCGCUAUCGUAUUUAUGGAUUACAAAGCAGACGAGGGUAUCGUUCCGUAUAUUUUGGACGAAUUCAGUUACAUGUGGGAGACGCCAUUUUCUCAAACCGACGCAGCGUUCCCUUGCACUAUCGAAAGGCCUCCAGACCAGCCUAGAAACGACACCGAGGGAAAGCUUUACAUGGCGAAUCACAACCUCAAUGUCGAGUUUUCUUUCGCUGGUCAAUCAUUGUUAGUGCCAAACACUGUGGCUAUUAAUUCUACGAACGCAGUAGACGGGCCAGGGUCCUUGGGCUUACAGGCGAAUCAAUGCAGAGGGCUUUGGGAACGCUACCCAAAUUUUUUACUAGUCGAUUUCUAUGAGGCGGGAAAUGGAUCUGUAUUCGAGGUUGCGGCAAUGGCAAAUAAUUACCUCAAGCAUUGGGGCAUAAAUUAUUUCAUUGCAUUCUAA